AUGUUGUACAAUAUUAUUACAAUGUGCACCUUGUUUUACAUAACCGUUGGGACACUCUCAGCGUUAGUUAUGCUGCAUUAUGGGUUGAAAUAUCUGCAGGUUUGCUGCGAGGUGUUUCAGUUCACGAUGCUUGAAGCUAAACAGACGAGAAACCGAGCGAUUCGACAACUUUUUCUUGUUACUGCGCAUAAACAGCAUGUAUAUUUAACCAGGAUAUGGGUUAAGUUGGUGCAGUUAUACAAGUGGCCAAUGUUGGUGCAAUUUACAAGUGGUGGAUUAUUGGUUGCAUUAAUUCUUAUUACACAUCUUAUUAAGUUUGAUUUUCUGUCGCUUGGACAAUUGCUGGCUUAUGUUUGUGGAACACUAAUGAUGGGAAGGAUUGGCGAAGAAAUUAUUGCUCUUAGUGAAAAGCUGAGAAACACUACUUUCUAUUCUUGUCCAUGGGAUGGGGAUGUAAAGAGUGCAAAAUUUUUAAUGUUUAUGCAUUUAAAUUCCUUUAAUGGUUUUGUACUUCCACUUGGGAAUUAUGGAGCAUAUUCAAAUGCUCUUGUAUUUUAUGUGGAUGUUUAAGUUUGCAUAUUCUGUUGUGAUGUUGUACAUCAACAGAGUCCAUAUACACCACAAACAGACUAUUUGAAUAGAAAUUUAUUCCUACAACAGGUAAGGUGAUAUUCUAGAAAUAUACAUCUAAAUACACUUUGAACAUACAAAAUAUAUGUGUAUGUUAAUUAAAUAGUUCUCUAAAUCGUUUAAAAAUGAUAA